AUGCUUUGGCUUGUAAUAUUGAUCAUUUUGGGAAUAAUUUCAUUUAUAAUUUACAAAAAACAUAAUAGAUCAGUGAAAUCUUCUUCAAAUAUUUCUCAAUAUGAUCAUGCCAUAAUUAUUGGAGGUAGUAUUGGAGGAAUGAUAACUGCUGCUUAUUUAUCGAAAUAUUUCAAACAAAUAACAAUUAUCGAAUCUGAUGAUGUAUUAAGUGAUACAUUCAUGAAAUCUACACCCAAUGAAAUAUUAGAUUAUCGUUGUCAUCUUGAAAGUCCAACAUCAUUAGGACGUUCAGGUAUUAGUCAAAUAUAUCAAAUACAUGUGCUUCAAGGUGAAGGAUUUAAUAUAAUACAAGAAUUAUUUCCUCAACUAAAAGAUAAAUUAUUAAAUGAAUAUGGUGUUCGUACUUAUUCAUUAAAAAAUGAAUGUAGAUUCGUUACUGCUGGUGUCUUAUUAAAUCAAGAUUUAAUCGAAGAUUUUUCGUGGUUGGGCAUCGAUCGUUUUACACUAGAUACAGUUUUAAGAAGAGAAUUAUUUUUGCAAUAUGGAAAUCAAAUUGAAUGGAAAUGUAAUUCAAGAGUAACACAAUUAAUUGUCGAUCAAUCAUUAAAUAUUGUUAAAGGUAUAAAAUAUCGACAAAAGCAUAAUGUUGAUUCAUCAUCGAUUGAUUUAUAUGGUAAUUUUAUUAUUGAUUGUAGUGGUCGAAAUACAUCAUCAAGUAAAUGGUUAAAAGAAAGUUUUAAUUUAAUCAUACCGACUAUACAAAUACAUUUUGGUGCUGGUUAUGUUACAUUUAUUGGUGAGAGAUUUAAAACUGGAGAUCCAUCAUUGGAUUCAAAGCAAAUAGUUGGUUACACAGUUAAUGCUCCUCAUCAAAAUAAAGGAUGUGGUAUAACUCCAGUGCGUCAAAUAAAAACAAUGGAUGAAAAUUCAUUAGGAACAUUAUCAACACUUACAGCUUUUUGUGUUAAUUCCGAAUAUCCACCAAAUGAUUCCUAUGAGAAUUUAUUAGAAUGGAUAAAAGAGCAUCUCGAUCUUGAAUAUUAUUUGAUAUUCAAAUCAACAAAAGUAUGUAGUCCAUUAGCUCCGUAUCGUCGUGCGAUUGAUGAUCGAAAGUGUGUCGAACAAUUAGGUAAAAAAUGGCCUCAAAAUUAUAUAUUAUUAGGUGAUGCAAUGUGUACAUUUAAUCCUCAAUUUGGUCAAGGUAUGACGCAUGCAUGUAGACAGGCAAGAGAAUUAGCAAAAAUAUUUCAAGAGAAUUGUCAUAAGUUAAAAGAUAUUUCUCAUAUUUUCAAUCGUCGUGCUUCAGCAAUCAGUGAAGAAUGUUGGCUUCUUUCGACCACAACGGAUUGGAAAACACCAACAUUAAAAGUUAUAGAAACGGAUAAAAAUGGUGAAACUAAAAUUUAUGAACGAGGUGUUGAUUCUGGUUCUACCAAAAGUCUUCCGCUACGAGAACCUUUAAUGCUUCAAUUUAUGCAGUGGUAUAAUCAUUGGUUAUUACAAUGUGCAUCUAAAUCUCGAAAAUUGUCUACAGAUUUUUAUCGAGUUAUGAAUCAACAUAGUAGUCCAUCUAUACUAAUGAAACCAACACCAUUUUUAACAGUCUGUUAUACUGCAUUCAUUAAUUAUUUUAAUGUAUUUAAAAAAUGA